GGGCGGCGGCGGCGGCACGAUCUCGUCCCAACACAACGCGGAGGUCGCCCGGCGAAGUUUGUCCCUUUGGAGGCGCCGUCCCCCUCUGCGCCCGGCUCGAGUCAUGUGAGCGAGACGCGCUCCGGGCCCGGGGCGGAGAAGGAGGCGACGAGAGCUGCGGGAUCCGGGCCCCGGCGGAGGACGCGCGGGAUGGAGGCCACCUUGGAGCAGCACUUGGAGGAUACAAUGAAGAAUCCAUCCAUUGUUGGAGUCCUGUGCACAGAUUCACAAGGACUGAAUCUGGGCUGCCGUGGGACCCUGUCAGAUGAGCACGCUGGAGUGAUAUCUGUUCUAGCCCAGCAAGCAGCUAAGCUGACCUCAGACCCCACUGAUAUUCCUGUGGUGUGUCUAGAAUCAGAUAAUGGGAACAUUAUGAUCCAGAAACAUGAUGGCAUCACCGUGGCGGUCCACAAGAUGGCCUCUUGACGGCUCAUAGCAGUUCUCCAGCAGCCUGUCACCAGGGCUCCAUCCUACCUGUGUAAAUGAUCUUGUAGAACUGUGAAAGUCCCAGUAGUUAGGCCAUUUAUUUAGUGUGUAUUGGGCACAUUUCUGUUAAUUUUAGAGUUAGCUGCUUUUUGACAGUCAAUGGACUGACUUAUCCAAAUAUUAGUAAGAAAGGAUCAUGUUUUGAAACACCAGGUCCAGGUCACUUUGUACAUAGAAUUUUCUUAUGCUCAAUAAAUCUGGUCAGAGGAAA